AUGUCAGCCAACGCAGAAGCAGGUCUAAAAGUUGCCGCUGUUGAAGUGCCAAGCACAGAGUCUAAUGAAAGAAGAACUAGAGAUGGAAAAUGGACUCUACGACAACUAAGACAGUCCGAUGCCAUAGUACCUCUUCAGAGUGGAACUAACCAGUUUGACUCCCAACGAGGAAAAACUGGAUUCGGAAUGCCUCGUAACACUCAGACAGCAGUUCAAUUCGCUGAUGAUGGCAAACGUUGGUCAAUUGAUCAGCUUCGACAAAGCGAUAGUAUUGUCCGACUUCAAUCUGGAACGAAUCAAUAUGAAAGUCAGAAGGGAAUGACUGGGUUCGGAAUGCCUCGUGAUGUCAAAGGAAAACAUCUGAAGAGAAUUUGGGAAUUGGAAUUUCCCGAGGAAGCCAUUGCUGAUCAGCUGCCUAUAAACCACCAACAAGGACAAGCUGAGCACUAA